AUGGAUAAUGUGAACAAAGAAACAUUUCCUAAGAAAUCUAUGAGUGCACCCAGCAUAAAAAGAGCACAAGACCCUGAAGAUGAUGAUGAGAAUUAUAAAGAAAAAAAAGCGAAAAUGAAUUGCGAUGUAAAACCAAUUUUAACUAAGAAAUCAGUGAGUGCAACAUGUAGGAAAAUGACUGAAAGCGCAGCAGAUGACGAGGAAGAUUACAAAGCGCAACAUUCGAAUACAAAAGAAUUUUUCACAGACAGAGACAGAUUGAAAACAACUCCUGAAAAAUUUGAAGAAAAAAUGGAAGAGGAAACUGAAACUGACUUUUUGAAAGUAGCACAUAGCUUACUUAAUAAUAUUCUCUCACGAUUUCCCGACUAUCAAAGCAAUAAAACAGCAAGUCCAACAGCAACUGAAGGUAGCAUUGAAGAUGAACAAUGGGAAAUAAUCCGUAUUCCUUAUUCUUCAUCAAAUCGUCACUCAAACAGUGAUGAUUCUCAAAAUGUUCUUAAUGUAAUGAAAGAUGAAAAUGAUGAUAACGUAUCACUUGCUGGUUCCAUAACUAACGAUUUAAAAUUCGACUUCAACUAUCAGCAAGCUAAGGCAUCCUUCACAAUAGAAAAUUUCGAGCCAAACUUAAAACCUCUCAAUGAAUUUCAUUUCACUCCGUCAGAAGAAAUGGAUGAGAAUGAGUUAAUAGUUGAUUCAAUAAAUAAUGAUGUAUUAUCUAAUUCAAGGGAUCUGCAAGAAAAUGACUGCUUUGCAGCAGAAAAUAUUGAAAGCAGCCUAACUCAUCCCUGUGAAUUUAGUUUCACUUCACAUGAAGCAGAGAUGAAUAAUUAUAGAAAUACUAAUUCAUUCAUAAUUCCUGAAAUCAAAAAUGCAACUGAUACCCAUUUUGAGAAGCAGGAAGAAAUCGAAAUUCAGCAACAGUUUUCGAACAGCUUUCAUGACAAAUUAGAUAAUAAUACAAAUUUAGAUGAAGCGAGAAGUGAUACGAAAGCAUUUGGGCUUCUUUUGGAAGAAAUAGAAAGUGAAAGGUUCCAAACUGGAUCACCAAUGACGGCGGGAAAUACAAGAAAAAAUGACGUCGGAAAAUUGGCGUUUGAUGAAAAUACCAUAAAUCUUAUGCAAAAUAAUGCAUCAACAGUAAAUAUUAUCUCAGAAACAGAAAAUAACAGCAUUCAAUCUAGUAUAAACUAUGAAGAAUUGAUAAACAGAAUAGAAAGAAAUAGUUCUUCGCAUGCAGAUUUAAAUUUGAAACGAUGCAGUCAUUCCAAGCAAAAUAACGAUUUAAUAAUCAUAAAAAACAAAAGUUUCAACAUGCAGGUGAAAACCCAAUCUCCAGAGUGCGAAGCAGGAGUGCAGUGCUGCCAACCCAAAAUUUUCACUCAAUUCCAAAUUCUGAAGAAUGUGGCCGUUGUUUGUGCCGGCGUUCUUCUUCUUUUCACUGCUUACGAUGGAUUGACAAUGCUGCAGAGCACGAUGAACAAAGAGCAGGGCAUAGGCGUCUGGUCACAGGCUAUCAUGUACUUUUUCUUCAGCGUUUCUGCGAUAUUUUUUCCAAAGUACGUAAUCAAGAAAUUUGGAACAAAAACCACCUAUGCCUUUUCGAUGCUCACUUACAUUCCUUACAUAGCUUCAAAUUUUUAUUCGCAUUGGGUUUUAGUUAUUCCUGUGUCAAUUUUAAUAGGUUUAGGAGCUGCUCUUAUUUGGGGAGCACAAGCCUCUUAUCUGAAUAACGUUUCUGUUAUGUACGUUGAUAUCUCGACCAGCAGCAGCGGAAGAAAUAUACCUCAUGAAAGCAUUAGUAGUAUUUCCAACAAUAUCACGCCUUGUAGAUAUGAAAUGGAGGUAAAAAACAAUCGUAGUGCAUCAUUUGAUCUUCCAAUGUAUAAAAAUUAUUUUAAAAGUGACGAAAAGAGUGUAACGCUACAAUAUUACAGGAACCUUAAGUUGAAGAGCAAUAGCAUCGCUACCAUUGUAUCUAAAUCAGAUAUUGAAAACUCCCCCGAUGCCAAUUCUCAGCAGUAUGUUAAGAAUAAAUACAAUACCAGCAUAAAUGACAAGUUUUAUUCUGUGCCUUUCAAAAAUGCUGAGUACUCCAAUAUAGUUGAAAAUGGCAAGGUAAACCGAAGUGUGCAGAUGAAUAGCAAAGCUGCAGAAGUGAUGGCGAGAAGUGAGGAAGGCAGGAAGAGGCUCAAAAUGAUCGAGUCCACGACUGCACGAUUUUUCGGUUUUCAUGGGGUAGCAUACCUUACUUGCCAUCUUUGGGGUAAUCUAUUGACCUAUUUCAUUCUUCAGACCGACGUAGAAGUAAAUGCCACGAACAAUUCAACCUGCGUGUGUGGUGCCAGUUUCUGCAAUGUCGCAUCUGCCUGCUUUGAGCAAAAUGUAGAGCUUCCAAGUGAGCGGAUGCGUUACAUCCUGACGGCCACGUGCGUAUGCAUCGGCGUUAUCGCUCUCCUUAUAGUGGUUUUCUUUCUCGAUCCUUUGGAAAACGAGAAGGAGGAGGUCACCUUCUCCACAGAUCUGCUGAUGGCCACCUAUAAGCUGGCAAAGAAGAAGGAGCUUGUACUACUCAUACCUGCGUCGUUUUACAUAGGCAUGGUGCAGGGAUUCUACACAGGAGACUUUACGAAGUCAUUCGUCGGCUGUGCUUGGGGUACGUAUCACGUGGGCUUGGUGGCAGCCAGUUACGGUUCUCUGUGCGGUCUCUCCUCUUUCUCGUCCGGCUGGCUGGUCAAGCGCCUCGGCCGGAUACCUAUCUUCAGUGCUGCCUCUCUCACCAAUAUCGCCGCCUGUGCCCUCAUGCUGGCCUGGAAGCCCACCGCAGAUGAGCCAGUCAUGUUUUUCGUGAUAGCGGGCAUGUGGGGAGUGCACGUCGGAGCCAUCUGGUCGCAGUUAAGAGCUUUUUAUGGCAUUCUCUUCAAGGCCGACGAAGAAGCCGCUUUUGCAACCUUUCACGUAUGGUACGCUCUCGGCUUUUGCCUGUCGUUUGCAUACAGCAACUAUUUCUGUACUUAUGUCAAGAUAUAUGUGCUGAUAGUAGUGGGUACUCUAGGUUUCAUAGGUUAUUUGACUGUAGAAAUACUUUGUUUCAAAAAUAAAGCCAAUAAAUAA